CUUCUGGGCAGAAGGCUUCCUCGCUGCUUUGCCGCAAUUCAAAAUCUCCAUUGCAGAUGGAGUUCACAGAAAGCAGAGGCAUUGUCUCCGAGCACUGGAGAGGGCACCACGAUUCCUCCCCUGGCAACAUUCACAGAAGAGGAGGCCAUGAUGAGAGACAUGGUGCAAAAAUUUGCCCAAGAUCGUAUUGCCCCACUUGUAAAAACUAUGGAUGCCAACUCAAAAAUGGAUGACUCCGUCAUACAGGGCAUGCUUGAACUUGGGCUAAUGGGGAUAGAGGUGGAUCCUAAGUAUGGAGGCACCGGAUCAACAUUUUUCUCAUCCAUUCUGGUGAUUGAGGAGUUGGCUAAAGUGGACCCAUCUGUGUCGAUUAUAUGUGACAUUCAGAACACACUUAUCAAUGCCUUGUUCAUGAGACUGGGUACAGAGGAACAGAAAGACACCUACCUGUCCAGGUUGUGCAAAGACAUGGUGGGUAGUUUCUGCCUUUCAGAAGCCGGUUCUGGCAGCGAUGCCUUCUCUCUAAAGACCACAGCUCAGAAACACAAAGAUUACUAUGUGAUCAAUGGCUCCAAAAUGUGGAUCAGUAAUUCUGAGCAGGCUGGAGUUUUCCUUGUCAUGGCCAACGCUGAUGUCUCUGCUGGAUACAGAGGGAUCACGUGUUUCAUAGUGCCUAGGGAUACUGAAGGAUUACAUAUUGGAAAAAAAGAGGAUAAACUGGGUCUCAGAGCAUCGUCAACCUGCAGCCUGUCAUUUGAUAAUGUGAAGGUUCCAGAGUCCAGUAUCCUCGGCCAGGUGGGACAAGGUUACAAAUAUGCUAUAGAAAUGCUGAAUGAAGGCCGGAUUGGAAUUGCUGCCCAGAUGCUGGGGUUGGCUCAGGGCUGUUUUGAUCAGACCAUCCCAUACACCAAGCAGAGGAUGCAGUUUGGGAAGAGGAUAUUUGACUUUCAGGGUAUGCAGCAUCAGAUCUCACACGUGGCCACUCAGCUGGAGGCAGCCCGACUUCUUACUUACAAUGCAGCCAGGUUGAGAGAAGCUGGGAGACCCUUUAAGAAGGAGGCCUGCAUGGCUAAAUACUUCUCCUCAGAGGUGGCAGCAAUGACAACCAGCAAGUGUUUGGAAUGGAUGGGAGGUGUUGGCUUCACCAAAGACUAUCCAAUAGAAAAAUAUUACCGGGAUGUCAAGAUAGGUACAAUCUAUGAGGGAACAUCUAAUAUCCAGCUGAGCACAAUUGCCAAGUUUAUCGAUCAGGAAUACUGA